AUGGGUCCCACGAACAUUGAAACCAUCAACCUCUGUUCAUAUCUUGAGAGCAAUGAUCCUCUGGAGCGAAAAGCACUAGCCGAGCAGCUCGUGAGCGCCGUUCAUAAACAAGGAACAUGCGGCUUAAUCGGUCAUGGAAUCGAUGUAGCCACCCUGAGGAAGAGUCUUGCUUUGUCGAAAAGCUUUUUUGAUCUUCCUCUCGGGGAGAAGAAAAAGGUUGACCAUCCAAAUGGCAUUGUACCACAUCGUGGGUACUCUAACAUGGGACGAGAGAGCACCUUGACAUAUACCGAUGAAGAAUUGAAAAAAUUCUCAGGUGAGCUGGACGCGGAUUCCGAGAGGCCGCUGGACUGGAAGGAGCAUUAUGAUAUUGGCAGUGAUUUGAAUACUGUCCACGGCAAUCGCUGGAUUUCCGACGAGAUUCUCCCAGGGUUUAAGGCCUCGAUGAAUGAGCUGCUUUCGCGUCUUGAAAAGCUCAAGAUGGAAGUACUGAAUGCUCUUCUUCUAGGUCUCGAGGUUGAGCCUGUCGCGGCCGACUACUUCAGAGGCCUUCAUACAGGACAUGAUAGUGGAUUCCGCCUUCUUCAUUAUCCGCCUGUUCUCAAGUCGACCAUUGACCGUAUCGCCCUCACUUGGUGUCCCGUGCACACGGACUUCACGACCUUUACCUUCCUGAUUCAAGAUGAAAAUCAAGGCCUCGAAAUUGAAGACCGAACUUAUCCAGGCACUUUCCUUCAGGCCAGUACGGAGAUCGAAGAUCGCAUCUGGUUUACCAUGGGAGAUUUUGGAGAGUUGUGGACAAACGGGUAUCUGCCGGCCUCGAAGCACCGAGUGAUUAUUCCGCCACCAUUUGAUUGGUCCGAGAUGACACUCUCGAGAUACUCAAUCCCGCAUUUCGUGAACCCUCGGCAUGAUGCAUUUCUCGUGCCACAGUCUACUGGUAAACCUGGCACUCUUCCGCAGGGUCAGUUUAAGGCCAGAUUCGUAAAGGAGCAUAUUGAAUUCAGGAUGAAAUACCAGUUCAAACAGGAUAAUGAAUAA